AUGACUGAGGGUCAUUGUCACGCGGGGGGCAGGCGCAAGAACCAAGAUUAUUCGACUUGUUUGGCUUUCUUGCCAGAAGGUGUGUGGUCAAGAAUCUUGAAAGCACCUUCGGAUCGGCUCCGGGCCGAUGAGUUGGCGUAUUUUCUCUAUACUGUUCUGCAGUUGCGGCUGCCGACGGAAUACACAUACGCUGUGCUGACAGGAGUUCUGGCAAGCUUUGAUCCGAAGUGCACAAGUUUUGAUCUGCGGACAAAGUUGCAAACAGUGAAGACUGCAUGGUCAAAUAUGAAGACGCGGCUGAGCAGAGACCAUGCGGAUCCGCCUGAGUUAUUGCUGAAAUUACCUGGCAACUUCGAUGAUUUGACACAGGAGCUGCGGGCUCGGUUUGGCCAGACGCGACCGUUAGAUCCGUGGCCGAUUGACUCACAGGAAGUGGAUCGUCAGAUCUUGCGAGUUCCUAUUCGCAGCACGCAUGCAAGUCUUCAGCAAGAAAAGAGAAAUCCAAUGGAAGUUUUGGCAGAUCUGCUGUUGCAGAGACAGACGAAUGCAAGAAGCAGUGGCGACAGCCAGGGUGGCUUGAAGAACUUGAAGAUUUUUUCUCCUACGAGGAGAAGUAUUGGCGAAGCAGCAGCGGGUGAGAAGCAAUCACAGCUGCAUCUGGUGACGGCCGGGCAGGCUUCAAGAAAUCUUGCAGCUCUCGGUGACAGGCCGUCACAGGCUCCGCUUUGCUUGGAAGAUCAGCCGAGUGUUGCGUCUGUGAAAGACGAGCAAGCAACCUCUGCGCCUGCGAGGCAGCCGUCGAAAGAGAUCUCUACGAGAGAUGCAGAUCUUGUCGGUGACUCCACGGGAGAAGGUUCGGCCAGGGAUAUGCAGCAAAGGCAGCUCCCUGCGCGGGAGCUCGCAAGCCACGAGAGGCAGCGGGGGGCUGAGAUGGGCGAGCAGAGCACCUACGAGGUGCAUGCAGCCAAGUUCUUGGAAGCCCGCCAAGCUGUGAAGGCUGAGAAGUUUCUGCAGAAAGAAGGGAACGGAUCCUCGAGCACACCGCCUUAUGGUGGCAAGGGUCUGAAGCGUCCAGCAGCUGCAUUGAAACGGCCUGCGGCCAAGCGCCCCCGUGAAGAGGAAAGAAAGGUGAACGUAGAAGGGCCUCAGUUCCAAAAUAAUGUCUUUCAGGCGAAGAGAUACGGCAAGUGCAAGGUGGAGUACUACACCCACAAGAGUUAUAUUCGCCGUUUCGAAGAGGAAGGGAAGAAAUGGGUUAUGAUCUUGGGCAGCACGCAUCCGAAGCAUCACAAGCAAGUGUGUGCAUUGCUAGUGCCUCACGUGAAAGGCGGUAGUCAACGGGAUGCGUUGCUGCGGGCACGCGCUGAAAUUCUGACUGAGUGCUGUCCGAUGACGGUGAAGAAGGAGACGGGGCAGAAGGAACCCAAGGAAGAGGAGUCAAGUAGCAUGUACUCGGAGGAUACCGAAGAAGAAGCCAAGGAAAUGGAGCCGGAGGUAGCUGUGCGACCCAAAGCCAUGCCAGCACCUGCGGGGUCAGGCGGUGGGUCAGCACCUGCCCCGGCGGCACCGCUUUCAAGCGAAGCGGACCAUCCACCGCCUUUGGCUCCUCCGCGUGACGAGUCGGAGGAAACAGAAGAAGCGGCGCGAGCUCCGAAGGCGCGUUCGCUGCAGCCACCGCGGUCCCCGUCGCCGCGUGCGGUGGGAGCGACACCGAAGAGUGCGGCUCUGUGGACCAGAGGCAAUGGUGGCAAAGGACACAGCGGGAAAGGUGGUCGACUGACUUGCCACCAUUGCUGGAAACCCUUGUCUGCUUUCAAGUCUGGCCAAGAUCAGCAUGCAUAUUGGAGCCAGUACUGCUUGGAGUGGCAGUUCAAGAACAUCGGCUACAAUAAACAAGAAGCCGCGCGUGCGGCAGAGCAGCUGAAGCAAGAGCGUCUGGCGGCGUAUGAGGAGACCGGGGCACAUGGUCCCUUUCCAGCUGAUCCUUUCUAUGGUGAAAGAGACGAGGGAAACCAUGGACGUGCCCACGUGGCGCAUGAUGCUGCUCGUGCCCAUCUGUCUCCGGCGAAGGAUCGUGGCAGACGCAGAGCAAGGAAGGCAGCGGCGUCGCGUGUCCGCGAGACGCGUGACGAGCCGGAGCCUGAGAGGCCCGUCCGUGAGUCUCGACGUGAGAAGAAGGCAGGGACACGCGUCUGCGAGACGCGUCGAGAGAAGAAGCCAGAGACGCGUGUCCGCGAGACGCGCGCCGAGAAGGGGUCUGAGGUACGUGUCCGCGAGACGCGUCCAAGGGAAGAAGCGGAGACACGUGUCCAUGAGACGCUUCGAGACAAGAAGCCCAAGGCGACGUCUGCCACGAAGGAGAAGGCGGACCGCACGACUCAGAAGCACAGGAAGGAGACGGUGGAGUACGUCGUGGUGCGGAAGCCGCAGAAAAAGCGCAAGCAGAAGAAGGUGCUUCUGAUCUCCAGCUCUCCGUCCCCGGAAGUGGUGCGUCGCCGUAAGCGCGACAGCCCACCGGAUGAUGAGGACUCUGAGAGUCCAGGUGACCAGAUGAUGCUGCAGCGCACUGGUCGUGGCACCUACAAGGUGGUUCGUAAGACCUGGACGUGCCGUCACUGCCUGACCUUGGAGACGCUUCUGUAUCGUCACCUCGGCUCGUCGGAGGCGCAGGGAUGGUCAGUGGAUGCACGGAAUGACUUCUUCCGUCGCUCCACAUCUCUGGAGGUGGCGGGGUUGAAUUGGGCGACGGUAAAGACGCUCAUUGUUGAGUGUCAGGCGACACGCUUCAUCAAAGAGCAGUCCAAUCAGGUGACCGCGAAAUCCCUUCCUCUCUCUGUGUGGGUGAGGAAGGGAUGGACUGAGGAAGCUGUGAAACAGUAUCCGUCCGAAGAGGAUCCGCACCAGGGGACGUUAUAUGCAGUCCCCGUGAAGUCCACGACCAUGAAAGAAGCAAGGCAGCUGGUUGAAGAACAACUGCAACAGAAAGAAAAAGAAGUUUUGGCAAACAAGAAGAAGGGAAAACGCGCUGCUAAGGAUGAGGACACUGAAGAGCAAGAGUGGGAUGUGGUGCCGCACAAGCCCGCUGCGAGCGGGGAAGGUCCGACAGCGAAGAAAGCGAAGACAGGAACCCCGAGUGCGGCUGCCAAGGAGAAGGCAGAGAAAUCUGCUUUGCGGGCUGCGAGCCAAGCGAACAAGGCUAAUGAAGCCAUGGCUUUGCUGGCUGCCAAGCUACUGAAGUCUUCGCAGGCUUUGCAGCAGCAAGCGCAAAAGGCCAAUUUGGAUCUGCCUGAGGCUCUGAAGAGUUUGGAGGAAGCGAUGGAACGCGGCAACGUGUGGAACAAAGCCUGCGUGGAUGCGCUCCCGUUGGCAACAGCAGCCAAAGGCACAGGGGCUCGUCUCGCUGAUUUGCCCUUCAGUGGCAAAGAUUUGCAGGACUACACGAAGGCGACAGCCGAAGUGCAGAAAGAAAUUCGCAUCGCCUUGAAGGCUUUGAAAGAAAAAGAGAAAGAGAAAGAAAGCAAUCUGAAAGACUGCCUGGCAGUGCCAAAUGUAGCCGAGAGCCGCGCGCUCGAGAUUUGGAAUAUUGCGAGCCGUCUGCGAGACAAUGCCUGCGAGGUCAAGAAAGGGCAGAUGCAGACUUUGUCAUCUGAGCGUCUAAGUGAUGCCAGAGCAUGUUAUGAGCGAGCCUGGGAAGUCACUGGAACAAACGAAGUCGUUUGGUUGCCGUCUCUUCAAUCGCUUCUGAACCACGUUGUCGAUGUGCCUGCGUGGCAGAACGCUCUUUUGCAAGCGCAUGCAGCGAACGAGGGGUUGCUACAGCCGAUUUUAUAUCAUGAUGACAUCACAUGUGGCAACAUCUUAGCAGUGCACAAGGUCAAGAAAGUGACCGCGGUGUAUCUUGGUUUUCGCGAAAUGAAGGCGCAUCUAAGCCUCGAAGCUGCGUGGCUUCCUCUGCUUGUCAUCCAACGCAUUCAGCAGGACAAGAUUCCAGGUGGACUAUCGGCCAUCUUGGCACAGAUGGUCAAAAGCAUUUCACAGGAAGUUCUCCUGACAGGAUUGCAACUGCAGUUCGGUGAGAAGACACUCUCGUUCACGUUGGCAGCACAGUUUCUUUUUCUGUCUGACAUGGAAGCCCAACGGGCGACGUGGUCAACGAAAGGAUCUGCAGGCCUGAAACCGUGCAUGUUUUGUAGCAAUGUGAUUUCAAAACAAGCUCUGCCUGCAGGUGACUCUGAUGGCACAUUUGAGUCGAUUGCAUCUGCUGCAUGGUGGAAAUUCGCUCCGAUUCAAGACCGGGACUUUGCAAUUGCUGCCAGACAUCUUGCAACCUUGAACAAAAAAAGUGAAAGAGAUGCGUGGGAAAAGGCAUAUGGGUUAACCUGGGAUGCGAAUUCAAUCUUGUCGGACACAGCAGCUCUUCGAGUACUUCCACCUACCUUGGCUUGCAACGAUGUCUUGCAUAACUAUUAUGCCAAUGGCAUUGCGUCCUUGGAGGUGUCAUUGCUGGUGGAAAUUCUGGAGAACAAUGAUAUAUCCCUGAAGAAUCUCGAGGAUUUAGCUUGCAAUGGCGCGUGGUGCCGCUCGGGGAAGACGAUGAGAGCGUCAGUGAAUUUUCUACGAAGAAUUUUCUCUGCCAAAAUGUUCGAGGGAAAAACAUAUAAGGGAGAUGGCACUGACACUGAACCACUUGUCUUUGUGCUUUGGUACGUCCUGCACGAACAAGUGCCAAAGAAAGCUGAACUUGAAGGCAACAUGCGAAGCCUCGGCUGCUUACACCAAUGUAGCCGCGAACUUCGUUUUUUGAGAAAGCGGUUCGCUUCCAUUCAGCAUGAAUGGCAAGUUGCGUGUCUGCGUGAUGCGCAAGCAAAGCAUCAAGAGAGCUUCACCGCUGCAUACAGCGCCGCUGCGUGCGUCCCGAAGCAUCAUCAUCGAUUUCACUUGCCAGAGGCUGCAUUGAAGUUGGGCUUCUUGCCACACUGUGAAACACAUGAAUCGAAACAUAGAUGCCUCAAGGGUGGAGGCAUAGUGGAUAGGCAAAAGGGAAAAUUAGCUGAUCACAAUCAAAUCCAACGCCAACUGGUCACGCGCUUUCUGGAGGUGACAAAACAACAGGCUCAGGAACAUGGACUUGCUAGGUGGGAGCUGUUGUUGCCAACGCGUCCUGCUUCAGACCAAUGGCGCCGGAAUUUAUCUGACCCCACUCUGCUGUGCAGCAAGAACAUACAAUUGCUGCAACAAACUUUGUGCGUGGAGCAGCCUCUCUUCUUGAACCAUAUGGCCUACGUGGUCAAAAGUUGCCUGAGUGGCGAAGAAACCGGCAUCUGGCUACAGCUCCAACCUUUGCAGCUCGAACAAGUGCACCCGUGGGGAAGCACAUGGCUGGAAAUAAAUGAUGACACCCAGCUCUGCAAACCUAAGUCCCACCACCACAUCUUUCAGCCUGUGUGGUGGCAUUGCGUGGGUACCCGUUUCACCUUCCUCUACUAA